UGUAGAAACACUGGAAUCAUUUAUGCAUUGCAGUUUCUCUUUCUUGUUUUCGCUCCUUCUUCCUUGGUAUAUUUUUAGUGGAUUCUGGCUAUUAAUCAAGAUCUCGUGCUGUUCGUGGUUUGCUUGUCGUUUUCGCUCAGGAGUAGCAUCGUUCAAGAUAAACGCAAAGCUGCUUCCCCCCACCCACUCUCUUUUGAAAAAUCAUUUUUGGGGUCUGCUGAAGAGAGCUAGGACCCAGGAGACACCUUUCCAAACAGCAGGGGUUGUGUGCUUUCACACAGCAGUACUGUACAAGGAAAACCCCGUCGGAUCUGUUAUUGCGGGAUACUUGUGAAAUACACAUAGGAUUCUUUCUUAUGGCUGCAUCCCGGAUCUGGAAAUUUUACUUGGGGACCAGGAAGAUUUGAAAGGCUACAUGUAUCCAGAAGAUUUGCAAGCAAGACUCCGAUUCUUGUCAUAGAGCUCACAGACUUCUUCACUUAUCGUCCGUUUUCCUUCCUUCUUAACAACAACAACAACAACAAAAAACCAAAAACAAAACACAUUUAAAAAUUUAUCCCUCUUUUUUCUGAUCUCUCCUUUUUCAGUCUCUCUUUUAUUCUGCCUCUUCUUUUUUUUUUCCUUGUCUUCGUUUUCCCCGUCCCUGCUCUGCACCUGGAUUGUAUCCUUACUAAACAGUCGGGCACUUUGUGAACUAACUGGAGACAGUCUUGUAGGGAAGAUCUGUAUGGAAUUAUCUGCUUUUAUGGUGAACUUGGCAUUUGUGAAUGGGUAUCUUGUUCACAUUAUUAAUUGCUAGCAAAAGGAACACAAAAGGAACACAAGAGUAAAACGUGGAUUUUUUCUGAAUACGCAUUGUGAUGACCAGCAAUUACCUUACCGACUGAUAUCCAGAGGAGAAUAAUUUGGAAGACUGUUGUGGGUAAGCAGCUGAAGACUCCUAGUCACUGGCUGUCACCACCAUAGUUCCACCUGUCUCCAUUCCUUUUCUGACAUGAUGAAAUAUAUUCAGACAAACUGUCUUUCAGGUGAGCCACCAAGUUGCUUUUGUGAGAAGUCUCAAACCUCUUUCUGAAGGCACUUAUUGUUAUGAACUUUCCUCUUCUCACUGCUUUCAGUGUGUCCAUUAAAUUUUGGAACAGCCAUUAAGAACUGGAAGAUGAAAGCUCCGAUUCCGCAUUUUAUUCUCCUAUAUGCUACUUUCACUCAGAGUCUAAAGGUCGUGACCAAAAGAGGUUCUGCUGAUGGAUGCACCGAUUGGUCUGUUGAUAUCAAGAAAUACCAAGUUUUGGUGGGAGAGCCUGUUAGAAUCAAGUGUGCACUCUUUUAUGGUUAUAUCAGAACGAACUACUCCCUCGCCCAAAGUGCUGGACUCAGCUUAAUGUGGUAUAAAAGCUCUGGUCCAGGAGAUUUUGAGGAGCCCAUUGCCUUUGAUGGAAGUAGAAUGAGCAAAGAAGAAGACUCCAUUUGGUUCAGACCAACAUUACUACAAGACAGUGGGCUUUAUGCCUGUGUCAUCAGGAACUCCACAUACUGUAUGAAAGUAUCCAUUUCACUGACAGUAGGAGAAAAUGACACCGGACUCUGCUACAAUUCCAAGAUGAAGUACUUUGAAAAAGCUGAACUUAGCAAAAGCAAGGAAAUUUCAUGCCGUGACAUAGAGGACCUUUUAUUACCAACAAGGGAACCUGAAAUUCUUUGGUACAAGGAAUGUAGAACAAAAACAUGGAGACAAAACAUUGUGUUCAAAAGAGAUACUUUGCUUAUAAGAGAAGUCAAAGAAGAUGACAUUGGAAACUAUACCUGUGAAUUAAAAUAUGGAGGCUUUGUUGUGAGAAGAACCACCGAGUUAACUGUUACAGCUCCUCUGACUGAUAAGCCACCCAAACUUUUGUAUCCUGUGGAAAGUAAACUGACAAUUCAGGAGACUCAACUAGGUGACUCAGCCAACCUCACCUGCAGAGCUUUCUUUGGGUACAGUGGAGAUGUCAGUCCUUUAAUUUACUGGAUGAAAGGAGAGAAGUUCAUUGAAGAUCUGGAUGAAAAUAGAGUUUGGGAAAGUGACAUUAGAAUUCUUAAAGAACAUCUUGGAGAACAGGAAGUUUCUAUCUCAUUAAUUGUUGACUCUGUGGAAGAAGGUGACCUGGGGAAUUAUUCCUGUUAUGUUGAAAAUGGAAAUGGACGGCGGCAUGCCAGUGUUCUCCUUCAUAAAAGAGAACUAAUGUACACCGUUGAACUUGCUGGAGGGCUUGGUGCUAUUCUCUUGCUACUUGUUUGUUUGGUGACCAUCUAUAAAUGUUACAAGAUAGAAAUCAUGCUCUUCUACAGAAAUCAUUUUGGAGCUGAAGAGCUGGAUGGAGAUAACAAAGAUUACGAUGCCUACCUGUCAUAUACCAAAGUGGAUCCUGACCAGUGGAAUCAAGAGACUGGGGAAGAAGAACGCUUUGCCCUUGAAAUCCUCCCUGAUAUGCUUGAAAAGCAUUAUGGAUAUAAGUUAUUUAUACCAGAUAGAGACUUGAUCCCAACUGGAACAUACAUUGAAGAUGUGGCAAGAUGUGUAGAUCAAAGUAAGCGGCUGAUCAUUGUCAUGACCCCAAAUUAUGUAGUUCGAAGGGGUUGGAGCAUCUUUGAGCUGGAAACAAGACUUCGAAACAUGCUUGUGACUGGAGAAAUCAAAGUGAUACUGAUUGAAUGCAGCGAACUGCGUGGAAUUAUGAACUACCAGGAGGUGGAGGCCCUCAAGCACACUAUCAAGCUCCUGACGGUUAUUAAAUGGCAUGGACCAAAAUGUAACAAGUUGAACUCGAAGUUCUGGAAACGUUUACAGUACGAAAUGCCUUUUAAGAGGAUAGAACCCAUUACACAUGAGCAGGCUUUAGAUGUCAGUGAGCAGGGGCCUUUCGGGGAGCUGCAGACUGUCUCGGCCAUUUCAAUGGCUGCGGCCACCUCCACAGCUCUAGCCACUGCCCAUCCAGAUCUCCGUUCUACCUUUCACAAUACCUACCAUUCACAAAUGCGUCAGAAACACUACUAUCGAAGCUAUGAGUACGACGUACCUCCUACAGGCACCCUGCCACUUACCUCCAUAGGAAAUCAGCAUACCUACUGUAACAUCCCUAUGACACUCAUCAAUGGGCAGCGGCCGCAGACAAAGUCCAGCAGGGAGCCGAAUCCGGAUGAGGCCCACACAAACAGUGCCAUCCUGCCGUUGUUGCCAAGGGAGACCAGUAUAUCCAGUGUGAUUUGGUGACAGAAAAGCUAAGGACAUCCCGUUCCUGGGAGUUCGAAAGAAAUCUGCAGUCCAGUGCCUGGAACUAAGUCCUCGACUGCUGCUGUUAAAAACAUGCAUUACAAUCUCUAGAACACGAGGAAAAACAGGGUCUUGUACAUAUAUUUUUUGGAAUUUCUUUGUAGCAUCAGUGUCUUCCUGUUUUACCAUGUCUCUUACCAUUACAUUUUUUUGACUUUGUUUUAUAUGUCACUGAAUUUGUAAAUUUACAUUUUUUAAACGAAGAGACUGAUGUAUAGAUAGAAAACCCUUUUUUUCUUCACUAAUUUAGUUUUAGAAUGGGUUUUUAAUUUUCUUUUUAAAUUUUAUUUUGCUUUUAACAUUUCCUUGGGGUGCUUGGACAAAUCUUUCUGAUGGGACAAGGAGCACCGGAUCCUCUCUCAGGUUCUGCCUAGGACCAGCUUGACCAUGUCAGCCUUCAUAAAGCAGUGCGACUGAACGCCAGCAUUGCAUUGCUGUUUGGGAACAGGAGAGAGAGAAAGAGAGAAGAACAUUGCUCAUAGGAGGGCCCUGCAAGUCGGAGCCCUGAAAUCUCUUCCUUGUCCCCACCUCAUUCCCCACCUCUACCCUUCUAAUGGCAGCAUGAUGUGUACACUCUGCAGAGGGUAGGGGUAGGUCUAACUGUCUUAACAUUUAAUUCACUGCUCUUCAGAAUACACUCUAUACCCAAAGUUGUUCUAGUCACUUGACAGUGAACACUACAGAGUGAGCACUACAGAGUGAAGAUCGAGGGCAUGAAAAUGGGGAGAGUGUCAUUUCUGUUUCUUAAAAAUAAGUUGAUGUACCCAUAUAUAUAUAUAUAUAAAUAUAAAUAUAUAUAAAACAGCAAAACAAAACAAAGAAAAAAAACAUACAAAAAUACAAAACCAAAAAAAUAUAUAUCAAGCCCUAUAUUUGAUCACUUCCUGGAAAGGCAUGAAUGUGUUUGUGGCUGUUUUUGUUUGAUAAUCUACUUCCUCUUUUCCCUCUAUAAUUAUUUUUUCUGCAAAUGAGAUUAUGUGCAAAUAUCAGGCAAGUUAACCUAGAUAGGUGAAUCAAGGCAAGUAAAAAUUAAAUUACAUUGAAAGCUUCCAAACCAAAGGGAAGAACAGGAUGUGUCAUCAAAUAUGUUUUACCACCUUGUAUUAUACAAAAUUUUAUCCUUUAAAGAGUCAGAAAAAAUCGUGAAACAUAUUGUGGUUUCCUUGUAUUUAAAUGUUAACUGACUUGUAUUUGCUUUUCAAUGCUACAUUCAGAAUUUAAGUGGUAUCAGUUGAUGAACAUAAGCAGGUCAAUCAUAUGAAUAACAACACAAACUAUUUUCAAAAUAAACAUUAUUUACACAAAAUGGCUUUUAAAUUAGAUCCAAAAAUACUUUAAAAACUUAAUUUUGCAUAGAAAUUACUUAAUUUUAACUAUAUGAUUCUAUCUUUCAGAAACAGAAAGUUGAUGCUCCCAGGAAAUUUGUCACUUACCAUCUAACUUUAUCUUUGAAGUCAAUCACAUAAGCAUCUAAUUCCUUGUUAUGUUAACAAUGAUGCUAAAUCAAUCACAAAAGAUCCUGUAGAGGGCAGACUUGUUAAAAGAAAAUGUUACCUAUGUAGAUUUUAGUUUUCUUUAAAAAAAAAAUUGAUGUGACAAAAUUAUUGAUAAUAGAACUUAAGAUUUAUAGCACUUACUUUAGUGAUUCAUCAUAGGAAGUUCCUUCUCAACAAUCAUCUGUGGGUUUAUAUAGUUACUACUGUGUGUUUGCUUUCUUCCUGCCACACUACAAAAUGAGAAAACAAUUCUAGAGUUUGAGUCACAAGACUAAGGUGUGAGUGGGCCACAUAGAUAUAAAAGUGUAAAUUACAAUAGAGUUCAUCAGGAAGGGCAAUCUAGAACUAUAAAGGUAAGAGAGAAAAGUACAAACAUUUUGUAACAAUGCAAAGGUCUCAAUGUUUGUGUGACAAAGCAAAGGUACCUUGGGAUGUACCUUGAUUUUUAUUUGCUUAAAAAAAUGUUUGCUUCCCUGACAACUUGCCUGGGUCUUCUCGACAAUAUGUCUUAAUUCUUGUGCUCCCCUUGGUUCUGUGUCAUAUUUUCAAAAACCAGAACUGAAGCUACAAGGACACAUAAAACUUUAAGGUCAGCUUUGCACAGUGGGUUAUUUUCAGAAACAGAGAAGGCCAUUGUUUACUGUGUACUAUGGACACUUGCCAUUGGACUGGAUUCCAAAAGCCCCCAGUACUCAGAAGAUUGUAAAUGUGGCAAUGGCCUGAUUUAUUUAUUUAUUUGGUUUUUCUUUUCUUAAUAUUUUAAGUGCACGAUGGAUAUGUGGAAUAAAUGUAGAGGAAGUAAUCAGACCACAGUCAUAUUUUAUGCAUCCAUAGGUGUUAAUUUAGCUGCAUUGGGAGUACAUUUUUGUUCUAUUUUUAGUGUAGAUUUAAGCACUUUGAAUAGCAUGAUUCAGGGAUUGAUGGGUAAUAUUUGAUACUCUCACACUUAAGAAACUUUUUUUUUCCUCUAAUGCUUUGUUAUAUUUACAAAUGAAAUACAUGCAAAGGAAGCUAUCUAUAGCUUUAGAAUCAUUUCUCCCAAGUUUCUAUUCCUCUAUCAGCUCCACAUGAGGACCAGUGAAAGGAACUCAUGGGUUCACAUGUUUUAUGUGUAACAGAAGUUCAAUGAGAACUCACAAUAAAACAAAAUAAACCAUGUAUUUCCCCUAGUGCUUAGGUUUCAUCCUUCUCUUUUUGUUUGUUGGGGUUCUUGGGGAUAAGAUUAUUCUAGCUGUAAAAACACAUUUGAAAACGUGAAUGUGUUAGCCAAGCUGGGGAGAAGAAUGGACUUCCAGACUUGGACACGUGUGAUGUUUGGUAUUGCCUGUUUUUCAUCAAUCACCGCCUGAGCUCUGAAUGAUACAUUUAUGGAUUCAAAAGUCCAUCUGGUUCUUUAGUGUAACCUCAACUUGCUGCUUCUGAGCAUCUUAGUCUUUAUUCUGGUGCUCAAAUCAUUGAUUAUUUAAUUUGUAUCACAUCCCUUUGGUCUUCUAUGAACAGAGAAGACCUAUGUAUGUUGUGUUAUCAGCUGAUUUAAGUUUAGAUGAAUUCUAGGAAAUAAAUCCAAGGUGUGAUGAGAUCUGAAAUUAUGAUGUUUCUAUAGCUAAAUAUCUGAUUGUUCAGUCAACCAUUUUGUGAUUAUUACUUUCCUUAUAGUAUAUGUAUUUGGACUCUAUCAACUUAAUCUUAAAUAUGUAGAUGCUGGUUUCUUCCAUAUUUCAUUGUUACUAAAUAUUUAUAACAAGAGGAAAUAUUAACUGAGAGCCAAUUCCUAAAGUCUAAGUAUGGUUUGUUUAUCUUAGAAUAGUCAUUAACUUUUCAGAUACCAUUUAUGUCAAGUGAGACUACUAUUUCUAGGAAAACAUUUAUUUGUACAUUGUAAGCUAUUUCCUGAUUCUGGAAUGGUACCCUAGCUCUCCUUUUAAAGAAACAGUUUAUUCUUGUGUUUAGUUUCUUCUUUUUUAUUUGUUGUUUUGUUUAUUUUGUUUUUGAGACAGGAUUCAGGCUAGGCUGGCCUCAACCUCUCAAUCCUUCUGUAACAGCCUUCUGAAUGCUGAGGUUAUAGACAUAUACCACCAAAGCCAGCAAUUCCUUUUUUUAUUAGUUUUAGUUUAUAUCAUUAGUCCCAGGAGAAAUCUUAUUGAAAUUCUAAGGAGAGCAUCAAUGUCACACAAGUGAAAUAGCUGAAUGGAACUAAGAAAUUAUAUAUAUACAGAAAAGCAAAAUGCCUUAUUGUCUCUGAUUUAAAUUUGUUUGUCCAUUAAUCCCAUUACUGCUGUAGCUGAUGAAAAAUAGAAGUGAAAUAUUAUACAGGUUAGAAAUCCAACUACAUAUUCCUAUUCCCUACUGUGGAAAAAAUAUCCAACCAUACAUUCAGUUAUUAAAAAGAAAUAAAGAUGAGACUGUAAUAAAAAAAAAUUUGUCAAUGGAAGCAGAGGUUAUUUCUUGCCUUAUCAUGGAUCUUUCCCACCUUAUUAUUCUGAACAAAAAAGGUAACUAACAGUUUCAGAUAUCCUUAUUCAUAAGCCUUAUACUUGAGUUCAAGAAUAUCUUGGCUCUGUAAAAUAGUUUAAAUGAAAUAAUGAAACAUUACUUGAACUUUCAGAUGAGGUUUGAUUAUUGUUUAACUCUUUUCCUGGGUGUAAUUCUGAAAACAUCCAACACCGAAAAAGCCAUAGAUGUUUAGAUUCAGAGGACAGUCUCAUACUCUAAUGGUCAUAUAAAGUCAUAUAUAUUGAAGGCAUUGUUGUGUCUCUUAUUUUUUAUCUUCAUUCGUGAAAAUUCAAGGGUGACUACUGUUUUCCUAACAGAUAAUUCCUCAUUCAAUAUGGCAUGACUUUGUAAGAGAAAUUGGAAACAGUGAAGAAAAAAUUAACAACAUUAAGUUAUUUACAAUCAAAUGAGAAAUAUAGUAUUUUUAAGAUAGUUUUCUCAUUUCUACAUUCACUUAAAAUAGGAGAAUGUACAAAACCAUAUAAUUUGACAAAUAUGACUUAUUUCAUUUUUUCAUUUUUAACCACAUUGUCUACCAAAAAGAAUUCAAACAGUAGAAAAAGAGAAUAAUCAAUUGAUGUGUUUUUCUAAAAGAAAUCAGUUUUAUUAUGAAAAUAUUUAGAAUCUUCUGUACCCCACUUUCAGUGAUUAAGUUUUUGCUGCUUUUGUGAACUCUAAUGUGACCUCGGAAAAAUAUAGAGUGUGUUGAAAAGUAAGGUGGUAGUGAUUUAAAGUUGUAGGUUUGUUUUUUUUUUUUUUUUUUUUUUUUUGAUUUAUUACAGAGUGAAAACCUGUGCUUUAUAUUGAGAAUAAAAUAGUGUCAGAAGGAGCUAUAAAAUCUUAGUUAUCCAAAAUAAAGAAAAAGAAGGAAGAGGAAAAGAGUUAAUUUUAACCUUAUUUGAUGUUUCCUUCUCAUAGUCAGAUUUUGGUUACAUCCAUAGAAAAGGUUUUGAAGUUAUAAAAAAAUCAACUACAUUUUUUCAUUCAGCAAUAUGUCAUUUUUACAGACUCAGAACACAAAAUGUCUCUUUAUUACAGAUAAGACAUGCAUAUAUAUUUAUGGUUUUAUAAGUAUAUAUGUGUAAAUUCCUUCUGUUCAUUAGUAAAUUUUCCUCUAAUAGCCUCUGCAUUCACUAACAAACUCAUGCUUCUGAAUCCUUCAUUAAAGUAAGUAAAGUUACUUUUAUUUUUUCUACCAUUUACUGCUCUCAUUGAUGCAUCCUCCACUGUUCAUAAACCUGAAAUUUUUCUCUGUCUAACCAAAAGAAAACACUCUAAAAUAUAAUUAUACUGUGUUCCCUCUAAUACCAAAUAACAGAAAAAAACUGCCCAUGAACUUCAGAGAACUACAUGUAAUAUCAAUGUUGUAUAAAUUUUAAUCUUCAUAAUCUCAGUGUUCUUUCAAAAGGCAUGCUGUGUCAUUAAAAAAAGAUUUAAUGUGAUAUGACCUUAUUACAUAGUGCAUGAAUAUGUGGCAAAGUAAUAUGGAUCUAUCUUUACUAGUUAAUGAGAGGUUAAAUUUGGAGAGAUCAGAUGUGUUUUAAGUUAAUGUCAAUUGGGAGGAUGGCAUCUUAAUGUUAGAAUACAUGAGCAGUUGUUCAUCUUGCUUGCAGUAUAUGAUCUUAUUAACAAGAAUCCUUAGUGUACUCUUUCCACUAAAGUAGUGGAGAUGUGUUAAUAUAAUGUGCUAAUUACAACUUUUACAUCUUCAGAGUUUGAGGGAACCCAAAUAGGAAAGUGGAUUUAGUCAUUUUCCUCUGCUGGAGUUCAUGUCAUAUUUUAAACUCAGACACACUCAGAUCUGUUCACAGUCAGUAUAAGUGCUUUUUACAUAGUACUUCUCUUGAGUUUUAGUCACCCUCUUUUGCCUUUGUAUAAUCUAGGAUGUAUGUAACUCAUGAGUAGGUGAUGGAGGCUCUCUCUCUUUUUUUUUUUUUGUCUUAGAAUACUUACAAGUAUACAUUUGGUUUUGCUUUGACUAGCAAUAGGAAAAUAGACAAAUACAAGUGUAAAAAUGAGAAAUUUUAAACUUGACUUAAUUUGUGUUUUAUAGUUGUUUCAUAAGUCUGUUGCUCUCUAUGAGUAUGCUCUCUAUAUAUCCUGUAAAAAUAAAUUUAUAUGUUACAUAGAAAUUCAAGAAAUUAAAUUAUUUAUUAAGCUAAAAAUGUUUCUUCUGAUUUCUACCUGAUCAUAGAUGACAAUAAA